UCUUGGACAUAACUAUUAAUAAAUGGAACAAAAUUAGUUGGUGAGCAAUACAUAUAAAAUGAGCCCAUUAUUUUGGUUAUUAAAGAUUCUCACAGGUACACCCACCUGUACAUAUACACAACAGACACUCUGUCCAGCUUAUCACAAACAUUCUCUCUGGAAGCAACCUGGGACAGGGGAGGUGGAAUUUCAGUUUUUACUCUACGACUUCUGACAUGUUCACAUUUGUGUACAGUAAGGAUAUAGUCAGGAUUUCUUGUAUAAAAGAGCAUUCGUUUCUCCAGCCAAAAGGGAAGGAAAGAGGGAGAAGGCCACUGCAGUCAUGCAGUGUGGAAAGCUCUGAAAGCAGACAAGCGUGAAAGAGCAUGCCAAGCAUGGGGACAGUGGGACAAAAUGUGGACGCGGAAAAGACUCUGGGGUGUCUGGGGCCGGUUGGGCCCGGCCUGUCCGAGCGCCCGGCGGUGGCUGGGGCGGGUGGCUGGAAGUGAUCAGAGCAACGCGCUGAAGCAGCCAGGUUGCCAGGGUGUCGCACACCCCUCAGGGCCCCUCUGUCCUGCCCCAGCUUGGGCCAAGUGCCCCAGCCUCCCUUUCCCAAGCAUUCUGGUUUUGACUUGGGCCCCAUGUCCAGUUCUGCCCCAACUUGUGGGUCCACCUUGGAAAAGUCAGGAAACACCUGGGAAAUGAAGGCAAUGACUUCCUCCAGCCUUGCUCUGCGGCCACGCAGAGGCCCUGGGGCGUGUCCCUAACAUCCCCGCAGGCCCUCGCUGCGUGCGGCUACGCCAGGGUGCACACGUUCGCCAGGAGCAGCCUCUGCCCUCCCAGAGCUGGCACUUCUUGCCAGGGUGCGCCAAAGCGGGGCCUGUCAGAGAUAUUUAGAAAGAGCCAUCUCUCUUGACAUCACUGCAGCCCACAUAAAUCUGGGAAGACCCUCCUUACCUCCAACUUUCCUGAUACAGCUGGGCAGCUGUAAAUAAGUUAUUCAUAACUCUACACCUUAAUUUCCUGGUUUGGAACAUGGGAUCAUAGGAGGAUCUGCGCACCGGCUGGUUGCAGAAGCUGUGUGAGGACGGAGGGGCAGGGCCCAGUGGUGCCGGGCAUAGCUGUCAAGUCAACCAGCAUGUUUUGAGGGCUGUUAGGUCACUCCCCUCUCCACAGUACACGCCAGCACACACACACAGUGAGAGUCCUGCAGCAUCUGAGCGCCUGGCAACCCUUUAUCUGGGCUCUCUUCCCUCCAUCGCCUACCCCACCUCCA